AUGGAUUUAAAGAAAGAGUUCGAUGAAUUGUUAAACCAACUCAAUUCUAUUGAGGAGAUCAAAGUCCCUAGAUCUUGUUUUAAUGAAGGAACUUGUAGCUUACAUGUAUUUGUUGAUGCCUCUCAUGUGACUUAUGGAGCCUGUGCGUAUGUUGUUAGCAGUAAGCACACAAGUCACUUGCUAAUUAGUAAGUCUCGAGUAGCUCCGAGCCCCCCACUCACUAUCCCCCGUCAAGAAUUACUUGCUUUGACUAUAGGCAUGUGCCUAGCUGUUCAUUUGCUAGAGAUUUUUGGGGAUAAAUUUUCAGAUUGUACUGUUUGGAGUGACUCCCAAGUAGCUUUGAGUUGGGUAUUUUAUGAAAGAUCUAAAGAAGUGCUUGUAAUCAACAGAGUAAAGGAAAUCAAGGACUUGAAGUCCAGUCAUAACAUCAGGUUGUUAUAUGUCAAGAGCGAGGAUAAUCCUGCUGAUUUAGUUACACGAGGUAUUUCAAUGUCUCUUUUGAGUAAGUCAGGUUUGUGGUUUCAUGGCCCAACCUGGAUUAUUGACAAAAAUAAGUUUCCAGAACAAGAGGAUGUAGUUUACAUCGAGUCUGUUAAUGUAAAUGAAAUUAUUGUAGAACCAGUUUUGAGAAACCCUGAUGAUGAUGUACUUGUAUUUAUUUGUUCUGAGUUCUCCUCAUUGAAACACGCAUUAAGGAUUGUAGGUAGAUUGAUCUUGUUUGGGAGAAGAGUAUUUCCUGAUAAAUUCAGGGAAAGUAACAAUUUACUUGUUUUAAUCAGAAUCAUGCAGCGUCAAGCUUUUCCAACGCUAUAUUAUGCGUUGACUAAUGGGUUACAAACCAGUUCUAGUUCCCUCUGA